ACAACAACAACACUUAUAUACAGUCCCACAAAUAAAUACAUCUUGAUAUCCCCAUUUCGGGGCCCCGGGAAGAGGUUACAUGGUAUACUGUACCCGGGAGUGCAGGGAACCGGGAGGGGACGUAAUAAUUUGGUGUACCCGCAGGGAGAACCAGGUGGUACCUGGAGGAGGCGUCGCAGGGUAUACUACCCGGGAGUACAGCGAGCACCCGGUGGCUCGUGUGCACGCCCCCUCCCCAGCACCUGUGACCGGCCCACGGUGGUCCUGUAUAUUGCAUAAUGAUACACAUGCAUGGUGUAUUAAAAAAAAUGUGUACGGUUGUUGUUGCUUUUUAUCCCAGUGACAAUACAGACACGGAAUAGAAGAGUCCGGUAGCAGCACGAGUUACUACGGUCAUGCUUGUUGAUACAGUGGGAGGGACAGGGCAGACCAGAGCCUGGAGAUGUGCAGUAGUUUCCCUGCUCGGAAAAUCAGACUACUACAACAAGAGAAAGAUCGGGACAAGCAGAAGCGGCUGAUGCGGUGACAGGCCUGCCCCUUACACGCCGCAGCUCACUGACCGCACUGUUCCUGUCUGUCCGGGACAGUGGACUCUCCUGGAGAUGGUGCUGCUCUGUGUGAGAGUGAAAAAGGGACAUUUUAAUGGAAUAUCAGGCAAUUGCAACACAUAUGUAAUUAUGAAGGUCCAGAAUCUGCAAAGUUCAACUGUACCUAGACCAGGGAGCGAUCCAUGCUGGGAGCAAGACUACUCAUUUGACCUCAAUGACACAGAGAGCGGUCUCCUUGUACAAGUGUGGAAGUCCUCUUGGCUUCGAGACUCCAUUUUAGGCAGUGUGUGGAUUCCACUCCAAGCAAUUAAACAUGCCACAGAUGAAGGAGUCGGGGAAUGGUGGAAAUUAUAUUCUGAAGUCAUCACAAAUGGAGAUGAAAUUUGUGGUAUCAAACCAACUCUCCAUGAGAUAUUAUUGGAUCUUUUCUUUGCAGUUCCGUUUGGUGGCAUGAGUGAAAAUCACGAUACAACCAAUGGAAAUGAAUAUUGCGUCACUUCAGACACUGUACAAGUGUGUCAUUUAUCGCAAAAUUAUAUUCUGAGUACCAUCAAAACAGAAUCAAGGAAUGAAGAUUCCAUUUUUACAAGCAGUGUUGCAAAAGAAAGAUGGAGUAGAGCAAUUCAAAAGAUGAGGCGGCACUCGGAGACUUGAAAACACAGUAAAAGUGUAUUAGAUAUGGAUCAACGUUUCGGGGUCUUCCCCUUCAUCAGGAUUAAGUGCAUUACAAUAAAAACGUGUUUAAAUAGACAAGAUAACUCACCCCCUGGAAGCACAUGACCUCCUGCAUCUGCCGCUGGCCGCGCCGCCCAGGCCUCCAGCUCGGCAUCCCCGGCGUCCCGGCGGAAGUGACGCUCCGGCGCCCAGCGGCGCGACCAUGGCAACGCUACAAAACAAAAUCGGAACAUGUAAACAAACCCCGUGCAGUGAUGCUACUAGCUGUGCUACCACUGGUGUCUGAUCUAAACUGACAAUAAUGCCUGUAUAAAAUACAUGAUGUGCAGUAUCCAUUAUAAAGUGUCGAUAUAAACAUAUCAUAAGAUAAAAUCUGUGAUACAUAUAAAAAAUCUGUGAUACUUAUGGACAUCAUGGCGAACGAUGGCUAACCCCAAUAUUAUCUCUACAUUUUUAAACCUAAUGUACAAAAUUCUAAACCUAGAACAAUCUUCAAAUGAGCAAUAAUACUCUUAUCAUAAAAAAGUGAACCUAUGAUCUAACUGUGUUAUUACAGGAACACUCUGCAUCAGGGUUGUCCUAUCUGAGAGUCUAUCAACCCUUUGGUGACGAUAAAUAAAACACCUCUGCCAAAACCUUAGUGUAACUUGUGGGGCCCACUAUGCUAGCACUAUGUGCAAAAACAGAUUAUUUUAUCUCCACCCCCUUACACAAAGUUUAUAAGGCCUGAGUUGUCGUUCAGACCGGCUGGUCUGAGCGUUUUGAGUCUAUGUAUCCACAUGGACUCUAAUUGCAACAAUUUUCUGCCUCUAUUUCCUCCCCGCAUGGAAUCUGGCACAUGAUCUAUGAUCCUAUGCUUAAAGGUAGCCAUAGUGUGCCUGUUCUCGAGGAAAUGCUUGGCCACCGGUUGAUCCCCCUUACCUGAUGUUAGGGCAUUACGUAUUGCCAGCCUGUGUUGUGCCAUCCUAGUUUUAAAUUGACACUCGGUUUUACCAAUAUAAUAUCUACCACAAGGGCACAUUAUAACGUAAACCACAAAUUUGGUGGUACAGGUCAAGGGCCAUCUAAUGGGGAAUUUCUUCCCUGAGCAAGGAUGUGUGAUACUGUCGCCUACAGACAUGUGUGAACAUGUCACACAGCCUGUACAUUUGAAGCAACCAUUUUUGCGGGUUAGAAAAUGCUCCGGUACUGAUUUAAACUUGGCCAUAUCCGUCUUUACCACCAUGUCCCUAAUACUUCGACCUUUGACAUAGCUUGGCAUAACACGGUGUCGAAAAGUGGUCAAAUCUGGGUCGGUGGUCACCAUAGGCCACAGCCUUUUCAACUCUUUUUGUACUCGAUUGCUGUGUACAUCAAAUUCGCACACCCAGGGGAUUAUUCCAGUCAGCUCUUUUUUGUUGGUGGAUUUGAGACUUUCUGCUCUGUUUCUGCUAACAGCUUUCUUUCUUGCCCUAGUUAGCAGCUGGCGUGGAUAACCUCUAGAGGCUAAUCUACAUUCCAUCUCAUCCAGUUGUUUGUCCCUCUCUUGCUGGCAGCUAUUGAUUUUACACACUCUCAACAACUGAGAGUAAGGGACACUCCUGACCGUUGCUGUAGGAUGACAACUAUCGUAUCUAAGUAUAGUAUUACUGUCUGUGGGUUUUUUAAAAAGGGAAGUGAUUAUUCGACCCUCCUGGAUUUUAAUAUUAAGAUCCAAAAAACAUAUCUCAUUACGGCUGCUGGUCAUUGUCAAUUUAACUGGGCUCGCAGUCUCAUUGUGUGUCUUGACAAUGUCAUGUAGGUCUGCUACCUCCCCAUGCCAUAUUAGCAACAGGUCGUCAAUGUACCUAUAAUAUAGGAACAACCAGCUAGAUACCUUACUGUUAGAGAAGAACAGGCCACGUUCUACCUCCCACAUAUAGGCAUUCGCAAACGAGGGUGCCACGGAGGACCCCAUGGCACACCCCGUUUGUUGCCUAUAAAACUGACCAUCAAAACUAAAAAAGUUGUGAGUCAAUGUGACAUUUAAAAGGGUCAUAAAGAAAUCGAUGUCAGGCCCCUCAUAGGCGACAUUGCCUGUAAUUAACUGUCUGACAGCCUGCAUCCCCUGUGCAUGGGGGAUGCAGGUGUACAGGCUAGUCACAUCAAUGGUGGCUAACGUUAAAUCAGUCGGUAUGUGGUCCAAUGACAAAAAAUUUUGAAGCAAUGUGGUGGAAUCUUUGAGAUGGGUAAAUGUGCCCUGAACACAGGGUUGCAGGUAACUGUCUAAAUAGAUUGCAAUCUUCUCGCACAGAGACCCCCGGGCAGAAAUAAUCGGUCUGCCAGGAGGUCUCUGUGGAUCCUUAUGAAUCUUGGGGAUGGUGUAAAACAGAGGUGACACCGGGAACUCGGACCCUAGCUUGCAAAAUACCUCAGCCGAAAUAAUAUCAUCAUCCCUAGCUUGUUGCAAUAUGUGUUUUAAUUCUGCCUGAUAUUCAGCUGAAGGAUCACAUGCUAACUUGCAAUAGGUCUGUCCAUCAUUAAGCAGUCUCAAACAUUCUUUAGUGUAAUCCACCAACUCCUGUACCACUAUGGCUCCCCCUUUGUCCGCAUUGCGGAUAACAAUAUCUUUUCUUUUACUGAGUCCUUGAAGGGCUUCUCUUUCCAUUCUCUGGAGAUUAUGAUGUAUUGGGCCCCGUCCUUUACUGCCUGUUGACUCCAACAUCCUGUGGAAUGUCUUCAACGAAGCAUUGUGGGAAAUGGGGUCAAAACGGGACUUAGAGCCCAGUUUUUGAACCCUGGGGGGGCAAAAGAGCCUUUUGUUUCAACGGUGGUUGUUUACUGAAAUGUUCUCUUAGCUUUAGAGUACGGUGCAGUUUGAAAGUACUGACUUUCCAUUUGAAGUCAUCACCAUAGUUAGUGGGGACAAACGAAAGCCCCUUGCUUAGGACACUUGUCUCAGCCGGGGAAAGCGGGGUACUUGAUAAAUUAAAUAUUAAUGUUUCUUCUCUCUUGGCAGUUUGGGACGAAUUCUGCCUUUUGUUUUGUCCACCCCGCCUCGUGCAUUUACGUUUCUUCCCCGUGCUGGCACUCCUGCACGGGUUCCCACCCCUAAAGGGGUCUCACGUUGUGAAGAAGAUGGUGAAGAAUGGCAGGCUUCAUCUGAUUCACUGGCAGAUGUGUUAUCAGUUCUCAUAGGUUGCCUUUCUCUACGGAAACGAUGACAUUUUGUUCCUGCAUUGGAACUGGCUGUGGAUCACAGCCAUGUGUACACACGAUGGUGUGCAUAAUCAAGCUGCACUUUGGUUAGUUUUUCUUUUUUAAACUUCAGCAAAUGAACCUUGUAUCGUUCCACUUGCUCAUUUAGCUUUGUCAGCCAUCCAAUGGACUGUUCAGCUGCCAACAGAUUGGAGUGUUCUUUUUCAAAUGAGGCUAUCAGAUCUCUUGUCUUGGAAUGCUCCCUUGUGGAUUCAUCAAUAACUAACAGGAUCAGAUCCAUGGAGCAUUUAUUUAGUAUGGAGAUCCACUUCUUACAGAACUCCAUACUGUAUCUGCCAAUUGUCGGCACAUUGUGCACUCUGAAUCCCCGUGGCAGUUGUUUAGCUCUAUAGUAGUCUGAUAAAGUGCGGCUGUGGUACAGGUAGUCUAAUUCCCUCUUUUUGAGGCAUAGCAAAUCUUUAAAAACGUCUUCAUUUGUGGGGAUAGACACUUCAGAAAAGACAGGUUCCCUGUGCAAAAUGCUCUCUGCCUAUAGCAACAUAGAAAUGCAAAACGAUAGUAAGUAAGUAUACAUAUACCAAUACAUAUCAUCACAUUCCUAGGCACACACAACAAAAUAAUAAUGGCAUUGUUUCCUGCAGAGCACAUACAUUUGGAAAACAAGUUUCAGAAAUUUCACGGUUCUGAAUUAUUCAUAUCUCAUUUAUCACUCCCACAUCAGUCAUUAUAGUUCUGCAUUUACUAGUUACAUACAGUGUUUGCAUACAUGAAAACAAAUAGUGUGAGAUCAUUCAGCUUGCACGGUUAAGCUAAACAAACCUGUUAAAAGUAUGUAUAUUAACAUAAAUUGUAUUAUUGUUAUAAUGGUGGUAUGGUUAUGGCAUGUGCGUUUUGUGUUGCACUUUGUUACUAAAAUCAAAUAUAUGAUAUUCAAUGAACUGAAAAAUGACAUUGUACUCCGAACAAACCCACUGUAUUAAAGCACUUUACUUAAUGUACCCUGAGGACUAAGACUGAUUGCACCCAAGCUACACAUGUCAACAGGGAUAUGAAUGCAUGUGUCUGCAGAGCACAACUAUAG